UGUUCAUUAACUCAUCUCACCCAAAAAAACUAAAUUUAAAAAAAUCGAAAAAUGCACGCAACAACAUUUGAAUCAAUAAAGUUUGUGUUUCAAGUAACAUCAGUCAUAUUUUCAUGGCUAAUAAACUCAUUUUUGAUCUACCUAAUUCUCACGAAAUCGACGUCAAAAAUGGGAAAUUAUCGACAUUUGAUGAUUUAUUUCUGCUGUUUCUCUAUUUUAUUUUCAACACUGGAUAUCAUUGUUCAACCGAAUAUUCAUACCUACAAAAGUGCAUUCUUCAUGAUCAUGGACUACAAGAACCGUGGAAUUCCUCUGUGGAUGGCUGAAGUUCUGAUUUGCUUAAUGUGUGGAUGUUUUGGAAUGACAAUAUACGGAAUCGCAGUACAUUUCAUCUAUCGACUAUUUGCAUUGGAAAGAAAAGGACGUCUUCAAUUCUUCCAGGAAAAAUAUUUAUUUUUUUGGCUUCUGAUUCCAUUCAUUGGCGGAGCCGCAUGGUUUUCCGCUUGCUUCACAGUUUUCUCGAUGGAUCCGAUGAAAACUGAUUAUGUUAGACAAACCACAAAAGAAUUCUUCGACCUGAAUAUUGACAAUUGUGUCUACGCAGGAGCUGCCUUUUAUCCUCUCGACAAAAAUGGAACUACCGUAAUUUCAACAAGAAGCUUUAUUGGAUUUUCGCUGUUUCUGGUUGUUAUGUUAAUUCCAUUUGCCAUCGUGAUCUACGCUGGGAUCAAAAGUUAUUUUAUAAUUCGAGCAUUGUUGAAACAAGGAGAAACACGAUAUGCAAAAAACUUACAGAUGCAGUUGUACAAAGCUCUUGUUGCACAGACACUUAUCUCAAUAUUCUUCCUUUUCAUCCCAUUCGGAACAAUAUUUGUACUUCCUAUUUUUGAAAUCAAUUGUCAAUUUUUGACGGCACCAAUCACUUUUAUUUACGCUCUGUACCCGGCAAUCGAUCCAUUACCAAUUCUGUUUUUCGUCGACUACUAUAGAAUUGUUGUUUCAAAUUUGUUCAACAGAAUUCGUUGUAAAAAUUCAAGAGUUGGUAUCUAUGAAGAGGAACCGGCGAGCAGCAAUAAUGGUAGAACUUGAAUAACAUAAUUUUCUAUGUAUUUGUUUUUCGAAAGUUACAUAAAUUUACCUUUAUAUUUUAAGAAACACAUUUAUUUUUCAAUAAACCUG